AUGUCUUCACACACCCAGGCUCAAGGAGAAAUCAUCAUGGAUGGCCAAUUCGACGAUGCGCCCGAGGAUGGCACUCCAGCUCCUGCCAACCCUCGGUCGGGACAUGCCUAUAUUGAUCAAGACGGUUUACUCGAUUGGUCGUCCGAGUCUGGUGACGAGCUUGACGAUGUGGACGCCUUUGAGCAGGAGGAAGACGACAUGGAGGCUGCGGCUUUCCAUACCCUCCGCGCUGAAGACGAAGACUGGGAGAUCGCGGAACGAGACUUCACCAAGCAAUACAACCGCAUUAGACAGCACGUCGCCGUACGCACAGGCGCAGCGCGCGGCGUCGUGUCUUCCAUCGAUACCCGUUCGGCAGUCGCCUCGCUCCCCGCAGUUAAUCGCCCACGCCAAACGCGGGCGGGGGGAGCGAAGGCCGCUGCCUCAGGGGUUCUCCGUGCGAACGACAAAACUGCUGAUCAGCUGCAGGCCUUGUCGAAGUACUCGUCACGCAUCCGGAAUAUCGACAUGCCGUACGUACUCGGGGUUGGCGUCAAUCGAAAGGGCCCCUCCGCGACCGCGAACAUGAAAGACAAGAGCGACCGGGCGACGAGCGAGCAGGUGCUCGAUCCGAGGACAAGGAUUAUUUUGUUCAAGAUGAUCGGAAGAGGCUUGCUUUUCGAAGUAAAUGGUCGGCAUAAUCCUCGAAAGAUGGUCCGGCUGUGGGCUGAAAAAGAGAUGAGGAAUCUCAAACGUCUCCGUGCGGCAGGGAUACCUUGUCCAGAGCCUGUGGAAGUUCGAGAAAACGUUCUCGUGAUGGGAUUCGUUGGCGAUCAAGAAGGCUGGGCUUCCCCGCGCCUCAAGGACGCUGACAUACCCAAUACCGCGCUCCCGGACCUGUACGUCGAACUCCUGCGAAUGGUGCGCCGAAUAUUCCUGGAAUGCAAACUCGUACAUGCCGAUCUGUCCGAAUACAAUGUUCUUUAUUAUAUCAAAGGUAGUGCGCCUGCCUUCUCCCAUCCUGAAAUAGAUGCUCCUCCUCCGGCCGCCCAGACGCAGGAAACAGCUGCGGCGGAGACAAGAUCGGAAGGCGAGACCGAAGCACGCGGGCACCUCUACAUCAUCGAUGUCUCGCAGUCCGUCGAGCAUGAUCACCCGCACGCGUUUGACUUCCUCCGUUCUGACCUGCGCAACGUCGAAGAUUUUUUUGAGAAGCGCGGAGUCCCCUGUGUCGGACUGCGUCGCGCCUUCGAGUUCGUGACUCGCGAUGCGCUUGCUCCGUCCGUCACUCCGUCCUCUGCGGAGCCUUCAAGCAAGCUCGCUGAUGAAGAGGCCGUCCUCCGUCAGUGGAUGGAGGAGCCCGACACCCUCCCGCAGACAGAGGUAGUGGUCGAGGGCGACGAGUCUGCUCCGCCUGUCCUAGGCGCGUCAGCAGCGUCGGUCAAUGCGGCACAUGAGGACUCGGUGUUCCUGCGGUCGUACAUCCCCCGGACGUUGAACGAGGUGUACGACCCCGAGCGCGACGUAGGCGCGCUGAGCCGGGGUGAGGGCGGGGAUCUGAUUUACAAAGACAUGAUCGGCGUCGUCGGCCCGCGGGAAAACCCAGGCGCGGACGGUGUGGAGCACCGAGACGAUCAGACGCACCUACGGGAGCAAGAAGGGGCAGAUGGAGGGUGGGCGGCGGCGAGGGGAAGUCUGAGCGUGCGUUUCGCCCGGGAGGGGGCCGGCGACGGUGCGGAUGAUGAGGACGCGGAUGCGAGUAGCGGUAGCGCGUCGGACGAUGCGGCAGACGAGCCCGACGAGAGCGGGUCGUCCGCCUCACACGGGAACGGCGAAUUCGAGGAACGGCGACCGCGAGGGCAUCGCCACGAAGAUAAGGAUGCCAAGAAGGAGCGGAAAAAAGCUGUGAAGGAAGAAGCGCGCGAGAAGCGGAAACACAAAAUUCCGAAGGCGGAGAAGAAGCGGAAAGUCAAGACGACUGCGAGAGGCGGUUGA